AUGAGUGACGGCGAUGCAGCAGGGGCCAAGAGGGAGGCCGAGGAGGCGGCGAAGAGGAAGAGGGAGUCCGUGCUCAGCUACUGGGGUGCCGUGGUGAAGGAUGACCGGAAGCUCUGCAAGUUCGAUCUCGGCUCCCUGGAGAGAAAAAUGUUCUCUUGGUCCGUCCAGGAUAUCUUCAACAGGGACCUCCUCAGGCAGCAGUCUGCUCAAAUUUUAUUUGAAAUGAGAACUGAUGAAGUAGUGUGGAAAUUCAUGCAGGUCAAGAGCAUACCGGAUACCUUCACGUCAUUACACACUUAUCUGGACUCGUUCAAAUGCCCUCUGAUUGAAGAAGUACAUGCUGAUCUCUUCUCAUCAUUGGACGGUUAUGCUCAGGCAAACUAUAUACAGAUAGUCUGGAUGGAGAAGCUUGAUGAUGAGAAAUCAAUAUUCUGUUUUGAGGUUUCUAAGCCAUCAAAGGAUCAGAAAUCGAGGGAGACAUAUGACCCCAAAGAGGGGGACAUAAUAGUUAUGUCCUUGCAGAAACCGCAUCAUGUGUCUGAUUUGAAACAAAAUAAGGCAUCGUAUGUUUUAGGUUCAGUUCUAAAAUGUGAAGACAAAGAAGAUGGAGAUUUCCCACCCAAUUGCUGUAUUGUUCGGUUUUCAUCUGCUAUUCCUGUUGAAGUAGAUCCGGAAACAAAAAUACCUAUGGAGCCAUCAUUUGCUGUGUUCCUCAUAAAUAUGAAGACAUUCACCCGUAUAUGGGACUGCCUUCAUAUGGAAAUAGGUGAUCCGAACAGGAGGACUAGUACUGGUAUCAUCAAUCUAGCGUGGAAGUACAAGCCAAAGGUAGUGGACAGCUCUUCGUGCUCCCAGAUAUCUCAAUGUUUUGCUCGUAGAUCAAUUGAUGGUCUUGGCCUUGAGAAGUUUAACCUAAAUGAUUCACAGCUGAACGCAGUAGCAGACUGUGCCUCAGAAAUGGAGAACUACUCACCUUCCCUAAAACUCAUUUGGGGCCCCCCUGGGACAGGCUUGUUGGAGAGUCUUCAGAUGGCAGCGUCUGCUUUCUGAAUGACAUUGUCCUGUUUGGAAACAAAGAUAGGAUGAAGAUAGAUGAUAGUGAUGAUCUUUCCAUGGUAUUCCUUGACUCACGUGCAGAGCGUUUGCUGUCAUGUUACGUCCCAAACACUGGUUGGAGGCAUUGCUUAUGUGCACUGAUAGAUCUUCUAGAGAAUCCUGUGACCAAAUAUAAGCUGCACAUAGGGUAUAUUCUUGAGGAAGUGAAAUAUAGGGACAG